AUGAGUACCCGUAAAGUUUCAUAUUUCUACGAUAACGAAGUGGGAAACCAUUACUAUGGUCCUAACCAUCCAAUGAAACCUCAUCGUAUGAGAAUGACACACGAUUUAGUUUUAAAUUAUGGAAUAUAUAAAAAGAUGCAAAUAUUUAGACCAAGAAAAGCAUCGGAAUUAGAGUUAACAAACUUUCACUCUGAUGAUUAUAUCAAUUUCUUAAAACUUGUCACACCGGAUAAUAUGCAUGAUUAUUCAAAACAAUUAGUUAAAUUUAAUGUAAGGGAAGAUUGCCCUGUAUUUGAUGGCAUGUAUAAUUUUUGUCAAAUAUCAUCAGGUGGUUCAAUUGGAUGUGCAGUUAAAGUUAAUAGUAAAGAAUCAGAUGUAGCAAUUAAUUGGGCUGGUGGUUUACAUCAUGCAAAGAAAUCUGAAGCAUCAGGUUUUUGUUAUACAAAUGAUAUUGUUUUAUCAAUUUUAGAAUUAUUAAAACAUCAUGAAAGAGUAUUAUAUAUUGAUAUUGAUAUUCAUCAUGGUGAUGGUGUUGAAGAAGCAUUUUAUACAACAGAUAGAGUUAUGACAGUAUCAUUUCAUAAGUAUGGUGAUUAUUUCCCAGGUACAGGAGAUGUUAAAGAUAUUGGAGCGGAUAAAGGUAAAUAUUAUUCAUUGAAUUUCCCAUUGAAAGAUGGUAUAGAUGAUGAAUCCUAUCAAAGUAUCUUUAGACCAAUCAUUAGAUCGGUAAUGGAUUUCUAUAGACCAGGUGCAGUGGUUAUUCAAUGUGGUGCAGAUUCAUUGACAGGUGAUAGAUUAGGUUGUUUCAAUUUAACAUUGAGAGGUCACGCUCAAUGUAUCGAAUUUUUAAAGUCAUUCAAUGUACCAUUGGUUGUAUUGGGUGGUGGUGGUUAUACUAUUAAAAAUGUUGCACGUUGUUGGACUUAUGAAACUUCGAUUUUGGUGGAUUCAGAAUUAAAGGAUGAAUUGCCCUACAAUGAUUAUUUAGAAUAUUAUGGUCCAGAAUAUAGAUUACAUAUCACUCCAAACAAUAUGGAGAAUCAAAACACAAAAGAUUACUUGGAGAAAUUAAAAAUUCAACUCUUGGAAAAUCUUAGAAAUUUAAAUCAUGCUCCAGCUGCCGCUCAUCAUGAUAUACCACCUGAUUCUUUUAAUUAUUCUGAUGACGAAGAUGAUGAAGAUCCUGAUGUUAGAAUCUCUGAAGCUGAUCGUGAUAAAAAGGUACAUCAUCAAGGUGAAUUAUCUGAUUCUGAUGAAGAAGAUGGUAGAAGAAAUUAUAGUAAUGGUUUAGAAGCUACUUCAACCUCAAGAAGAAAUCAAGUUUCAAUUUCUGCUUAUGAUAAAGAAAGACCAUCUUAUAAUAGUAGAAAUAAUAAUAAUAAUAACAAUAAUAAUAAUAAUAAUAAUAAUAAUAAUAAUAAUAAUAGUAAUAAUAAUAAUAGUCAUCAUCAUAAUGAAGAUGCUGAUGUUGAUAUGGAUUCUGGUUAA